GACAAGUCCAAGCUGUCUAAGAAAAACCUCUAUAAAAGCCAACCCACCAUAUUCUCAUCCUUCAUUCUCUUCUUCAUCAAUACUCUCAGCACAUACAAUUACAAACUUCAAAAACAUGAAGAGAUACUCCAAUUCACUUGGAGAGCUAGAGAACAUCAACAUGGCCAAUGUUCUUAUGCUACUCUCUCAAAGCAACAACGACAGCAAAACAAGCACGACGAAUCGAACCGACGAACGUCGCCUGUUUGAGUGCAAGACCUGCAAUCGCCGGUUCCCUUCAUUCCAAGCUCUCGGCGGCCACAGAGCCAGCCACAAGAAACCGAAGCUAUCGGUUGAUGAUAGCAAUAAGGAUUUGAGCUUAGCCAGUGGUAAUAAGCCCAAGGCCCAUGAGUGUUCGAUUUGUGGGCUUGAGUUUGGAAUUGGGCAGGCCUUGGGUGGGCAUAUGAGAAGGCAUAGAAGGGCUAGUGAAGGCUUCAGGCAAGCAUUUGUGAAGAAGAUCAUGGCCAAUAAUGAAGGGAAGAGGGUGGUUUUGUUGGAUUUGAACUUGCCACCCUCUGAUGAUGAUGAUGAUGAUGAUGAUGAGAUGGAGUGUAAGAAACCUGGAGAAUAGAUUUUUCUUUUUCUUUUCUUUAAAGUUAGUUAUUGUAUAUUCGUGUGAUGUGUAGUUGUUGUACAGAGAGAUUAAUAGAAUAGUAUUCAUUUGUUUA